ACACCCGAAAGAGAACGUUACAGUGAAAAAGCGACAUUAUCAGGUGUUUCAAGUGCUGCAAUGUCAGCUCAAUCCAGCAUCAAGUCGACGCCGCCCAGCGACAAGGGCGGUAAACCGACAUCAAGUAAGCCCACCCGGGCGUUAUCAGGUGUUCCAAGUGCUGCAAUGUCAGCUCGAUCCGGGAUCAAGUCGAUGGCGCCCAGCGACAAGGGCAGUAGAACGACAUCAAGUAAGUCCACACAGGCAAGAGCCAAGGCAGAAGCCGCCAAGGUGCGACUGCAUUACGCCAAACAAGAAGCAGUUUUGAAAAUGAAACUGGCCACCAAAGAAGCCGAAAAGGCCGCCAGAGAAGCCGAAACCCAGUUGGAAAUGGCAAAAAUAUCGACAGAGUUGCAAGUGCUGCAGCUGGAAGGAGAAGGAGAAGCUGCCAUGGUGGAAGCAGAGUACAUAGAAGAAGCUGAAGGGUCGCGUGAUCUGACCGAAACAAGUUCUGCUUUAGAAAGGACCAGACUGGAACGCACGAGCGACUAUGUACAAUAUCAAGCAGACAGGCAGGCUCGUCUCCCCUCUCCAUACCUAUUCGAUAACUUCCCCAGCUACGAGGAAGAGAAUUUACCCUCGCGGCCCCGCGAUGAAGUCAAGAAUGAAAGAGCUGACAACCGAUAUACUUUGACACCAAAGUUACAAAGUUCGAUGCGAAGAGACGCGGAGGUUGAAUCCAGGAUGGCAAAUUCCAUGAGAAACGUGCGUUCUCAGUCAUAUAGGCGCCAACGUACUUCUCCAGCCCGCAUGCCGCUUGCAGCCGAUCCCACGCUGCAGUAUUUAGCACGACGGGAUCUCGUCACUUCGGGACUGUACCAGUUUGACGAUAAACCCGAAAAUUACCGUGCUUGGCUCUCCACAUUCACCAACGUGAUUGACGGGGUCCAGCUCAGUGCAACCCAAAGGUUGGACCUUAUGGCGAAAUGGCUGGGGAAAGAAUCACGCGACCAGGUGAGACGCAUGCGUUCAGUGUACAUCAACAAACCUGAGCUAGCCUUAAGCGAAGCGUGGGAGAGACUUUGGGAGAGAUAUGGGGCCCCCGACAUUAUUGAAGGGGCGCUAUAUCGACGUCUGGAAAACUUUCCUAAGGUGUCAGCCAAAGAUCACUUUAAGUUAAGGGAAUUCGGAGAUUUACUCAUGGAGAUCCAAGGCGCCAAAGAAGAUGGCUAUUCAGCUGGUCUAGUAUUCCUAGAUACUCCAUCCGGGAUUAGACCAAUUGUGGACAAACUUCCAUUUGGGCUGCAGGACAAGUGGCUGACUGUUGCCUCAGAGUACAAGGAAGACCACGACGGUCGAUUUCCUCCCUUUAAGCACCUCACUAGGUUUGUGUGCAAGGAGGCGAAGAGGCGAAACGACCCUAGCCUUGUAGGUCCAGGAAGCAUUUUGAUUUACACCAAGCCAGGCAGAUCCGUUUCGAAUGUUUUCAACAUUGAUAAACCCGUGUCAGUGCUCAAGACCGAAGCCCUUACGACUAACAACGACCCUGGCAAGUAUUGUCCAUUGCAUAACAAACCUCACCCCCUGAAAGCAUGCAGAAUGUUUAGGGAAAAACCCCUUGAAGAGAGGACGGCUCUUCUCAAGGAGAAAAGAAUAUGUUUUAGAUGCUGUUCCUCAACCUCUCACCUCGCCAGAGAGUGUACGAUCGCCGUGAAGUGUCCGGAAUGUGGCAGCCCAGAUCACGUCGAGGCCAUGCAUCCCGACCUGUCACCACAAACCGAGAGCGCUUCUUCACCCCCACAACAGGACGGCGGGGAGGGAGAGGCUCACUCUAGGUCAAUAGCUGUCAGCACGAACUGUACAGAAGUUUGCGGUCAAGCUCAGUCAAGUCGUUCUUGUUCCAAGAUCUGCCUCACUAAGGUGUACCCUAAAGGAGCCAAAGACAAGGCCAUCAAAGCCUAUGUGAUUCUGGACGAUCAGAGCAAUCGUUCACUAAUCAGUCCAGAGUUCUUUAAAUUGUUCAACAUUGAGAGUGAGCGGUUCCCAUACUACCUCAAAACUUGCUCAGGCAACAUGGAAACCCAAGGAAGGAAGGCAGAAGGCAUCCAGAUCGAGUCCCUGGAUGGUAAAGUCGUCAUCUGUCUCCCUCCGCUCUUAGAGUGCAAUGAAAUCAUGAAUAACCACGCUGGGAUCCCGACACCAAGUGCGGUGCUACACCAGCCGCAUCUCCACCACAUCGCCAAACACAUCCCAGAACUGGAUCCGAAAGCGGAAAUACUCCUGCUAUUAGGAAGAGAUGUUAUCCAGGUACACAAGGUUAGGCAGCAGAUCAAUGGACCACUCAACGCCCCCUUCGCGCAACAUCUGGAUCUGGGCUGGGUGGUGAUAGGAGAGGUGUGUCUCGGUGACGUACACAAACCGAUGGUUAACACACUCAAGACCAAUGUGCUAGAGAGUGGCCGCCAUUCAAUCUUUCAACCCUGCCCGAGUGUCCCGUGCAUCAAGGAAGCACAACAAGGCGUUAACAAGCGCGAGGCAAGCGACGAGUCGCUGGGCCAGUCAGUCUUCGCUCUAACGAAGUAUGACAACAAACUUGCACAAUCAGCUCAAGAUACCAUUUCUUUAAAAACCAAAGACACCAAGGUCUUCAGAGAUGAAGCAAAUAAUGGGGUUGCCCCAUUGCCAAUCAGAGAACCACGCCAGCGCUCACCAGAUAACAAAGAGCAGGCAGUCAAACGGUUCACGUCCUUACGGAAAACCCGGAAAAGGAAACCCGAGAUGCAGCAAUGCACCCGAUUGGCCCACGAGGUACUGUGCACCCUAAUGGCAGAGGUCACAGCCAUUAUAAACGCACAAUCAUUCCUACCUGUGUCUUCUGACCCAGAAAACCCCUUUAUACUUUCGCCAUCAACGCUCCUUACGCAGAAGGCAGGAGCACCUCCUCCACCAGGAGACUUCUCAGACAAGGAUUUGUACACAAAGCAAUGGAGACAAGUCCAGGCUCUGGCAAAUCAGUUUUGGUCCCGCUGGAGACAGAAAUAUCUACACUCGUUGCAACACAGACAAAAGUGGACAGAACCCCGAAGGAAUCUUCAAGUUGAAGACUUAGUCCUGCUCAGGGACAAGCAAGCCACCCGCAACAGCAGGCCAAUGGCCAGAAUCACUGCUACAUUCCCUAGCGAGGAUGGACAUGUCAGGAAGAUCGAAUUGAAGACUACCGACCAAGGCGAUGUGAAAAUUUACCAAGGGCCAGUUACAGAAGUUAUUCUACUUCUACCCAAUGACUGAUUAAGAGACUAAGUUUUGUACUCUGCUCAUUGUGACCUUACGAAGGUCAAGCGGGGAGUGUGCUGUCUUUACGACAGUUAUUUAGUUUAUAAUAUUUUCGCUUAGUAAUUCAUUCAAUAGUAUUUUCUAGUUAGAAUUAGAAGUGUUUAAAGUGUAUUCAUUGCAUGUAAAAUAUAUCGGCAUGCGAUGACGUCACAUCCGGUUUCGCCGCGUCUUGUGGGAAAAUACCGGUUUGAAAUUAGCGCGAGGGUGGGGGCUCACCACGAGGCUCACCUGAGCACAAGCAGUUUUGCAGGCAUGAGAAAUCACAGUGAGAGCAACGCUUUUUCACCAUAUGUUAAUGUGAAGAGUGAACAGUAAAUGGUUAAUCUUACUGCGAUCUGGUUCUUAUUAACUGGUUUAUCUCGACGUUAAAUUCGGCGUUCGUUACACCCGAAGG